AUGACCGACUCCAGGGCCCAGGGUCAGCCACCUCUCGAGCUCUAUCCCCAGUACUGCUUCCACCUCUCGCCCACCAUCAACAAGUGGUGUCACCUACGAGCAGCCGAUAUUGCCAUCCUGUCGAGCCAUCCAGGGUUUCAAGGCCAAGACCUCUACUUCCACCUCAACCACCCCAUCAAAUGGGUUCGUAUCUGCGGCAUCGUCGUCGCCAUCGACGUCUACGGUGACUCUUCUUCACGAAGCAAGGGGCAGAUACAAGUAAUCACCAUUGAUGACAGUAGUGGACAUACAAUCGAAUGCGUUAUCCCGCUUCCUCCACCUGCUGCUCCCUCCGUCCCUCCUUUAGGCAAACAGGAACAACAACAACCACCCCAAUCCUUACCCCUCAUCGAUUCCCCAAUCGACAUUGGCCACAUUCUGGAUAUCAAAGGCUCCCUUCGCAACUUCCGCGAUCAGCGACAAGUCAAAGCCGAGAAAAUCGUUCAUUUACGCACAACAGAGCAGGAAGUAGCCUUUUGGGAAAGAGUUGUGCAAUUGCGAAAAGAGAUCUUGGAUAAGCCGUGGAAACUGGAUGAGAAGGUAGUCAGGAGGUUAAGAAGGGAGGCGAUGGGGGUUGAUGAGCGGGAUGCAAAGAGGGAAAAGGAGAAGGAUGAAGCGAGGAGAGAGAGGAAGAGGAGGAGGAGGUUGGAGGAGGAGAGAAGAAGGUUGGAAAAAGAGAGGAGGGUAGAGGGGGAGAAAAGGGUUGCCUUCACUUCUGACUCUGUGGGAGCAGCAAAGACGCAGGCACUACAAGUGGUGGUUCCAACGAGAGCCAGGAAGAACGUCACGGGCUUGGAAAGAAAGGUCGUGUCGAAGCCGCCGAUACCAACGAGACCGAAGGAGCCUACGGGCUUGGAAAGAAAGACCAAGUCGGUCAGUAGUGACAGGGUGGUUCCUGUAACUGGCAAGUACACGGCUCUUGGGCUGUGA